UAUAACCUAAAAAUAUAAACAAAACUAACGAAAAUCCACCUGACUUGGUGGUAUUUCGUUUUAAAAAUGUAUAAAUUAUUCAGUUUACGUGCUUGAAGAACAUUUUAAUUAUACAGUGGCAUUUAUAGAGUACUUGAAUUUGUAUACUAAUUUGUUCGUCUUAUUUUGGCCCAGUAAGAAAUAGCCCCUCGGUAAAACCCAAGAAAAGUAAGCCCAAAACCAAAACAAUGACCCCAGGAAAUAGUGCAGACAUGAAGAAACACAGCAAGCGUCAGAGGGCGCCGGAAUCUGGACUCCCCGACGGAUUCAAUUCAUUAGACAUAUCACCGCUACGUCGUAGUGAUUACGUCUAUGAACAUAGAACAGUAAACUCUGCCGCUGAUCUUACUGCGGAGAGCACUGAAGCAGAAAUUGUAAUACCAAGGAAAAGGCUUAGGAAAUCUAAACCUGAGUAUAUUGAUUCAGAAGUAGAGCUCUUUAAAACCACACCAGAGAAGCCACGGCUGAUAUUCUCUGCAAUCAAACCCUCAGUGGAAACCUGUGAAAAACUACUACCAAGCCAGAAACUAAGCAGUAACAGCGAAAGUGGACCGAAGGCCAAAGGGAAGAAGAAUAAGAAUAAAAAGAUUACGUCUCCGGUGUCCUCUGGGCUAUCGAAAGAGAGUUCCAAAGGCAUGCGCCCUCCGUCGUCGGAGUUACAAGAGGACCCCUCGGAAAAGUACCCCAUACUGAAAGAUAAAAAUCUGCAGAAUAAGUUCCUGCAAAUUACAAUUACUAAUAAUCAGAAAGGCCGAAUAAGGCAAGUAGUCAAAGAGAUAGUCCGCGGCACCACACCUAAAUACCUCCCAGAAGUACUAAACAACAGGAUACAAGCCAUUUUAAAAAGCUCAACUACCCUCACCGACGCCGAUCUGCGCAAGAUUCGAGUACUCUAUAAUAUGCUUAAAACGGCUACGCAAAAACAGAAGGAGCAGGAGGAAAAAGAACUACAAGAAAAAAUUGAACAAGAUAACAUUGAAAAAGAAAAUGGAGAAAAUGUAAAGAAGAAAAUCAAACCCGUUGGAGAUACAAAAGAGAAUCAGGUGAAAGGGGAACAAUUGCGGAGAAUGAAAGGACCGAAGCGAUAUGUUGUGUUCGUGGGGAAUUUACCUGUUAAUAUUACUAAGGAGGAGAUACUUACUCAUUUCUCGGACUUACGCGAACACAUAAAGGACGUGCGGAUACCUCCGACCAAGGAGGACAAGAAGAGUUCCAUCGCCUAUGUGGAGUUCAACACUGAGCCUUCUUAUGAGAUGGCAUUGUCUAAACAUCACUCGAUGUUAAGCAACAAACGGAUUAACGUGCUGUACACGGUACAGAAGGGCAGCAAAAUUAGCAAAGCUGAUGCCAAGGGCAAAGCAGCAAAGCUGGUGGCCAUGGGUAAGAAAGGCCAGCUUAUAGGCAGCGUUGCGUUGACCAAGAAACGUAGCCACCGCCGAGCCAAGAUGAGGCAGGCGAGGAAGGCCGCUGAAGACGCCGAAAACGCAAAACGAAUUCGCUAAACCUCAUCUUCUAUCGUGUGGGUUGUGAGGUGGAUUACCAACCCCAUAAACCGGAAUUGCACCAAUGAGUUAUUAUUUUUUCAUAAGUGCAGUUUUCACUGACGCAGUUGGCUCGACCGUCUUCUUCUAUCGUGUGGGUUGUGAGGUGAAUUACCAACCCCAUCAACCCUGUAGUCAGGGUUAUUAUUUAGCCGUCAAAGGCCCCUGACAUGGCUCAUGUAACGAGUACUUACUUACAUCAGUAGUCUUCCGAAGCACGGACCAUCUUACUUUUUGGACAAUCAGGUGAUCAGCCUGUAAUGUCCUAACCAAACUGGGGAUCACAAAGUGAUUUUUGUGAUAAUGUCCCCACCGGGAUUCGGGGGGAGAAGUGUGUCAGGAUCGAAGCAAAUGGAAUUCUAUAGUCUCUGCUUACCCCGGU